CAAAGACUGAUCUCUUGACCUACAGAUACGCCGUACACCAAGCCUCGACACUCUCACUGCCUAUCCCUUCGACGCUCACAACUCUCGCCCUUGCACUCCCACCAUUCGCAGGCUUGUGCAUGGAAACCAGUACCGCACUCGCAUCAUCACUGGCCCAGCACCCGAAGCUUCGACACCGCCAUGCACGCAACUUCCCGGCUGUUCUCCUACCCUCGACCCUGACCGUCCUUGGCUUGCUGGUCUACAUCACUGUUGUCGCUACACUCAGUGGCACCCAUAUCUCGCCUGUUGGCGGUCUUGGUUGUGCAUUAAGAGAAAAAUGGCAGACCAUGUUCCAUGACAAGAACGCUAGCAAGAUCAAGAGGAUCCAGGAGGCUUUCGACUGCUGUGGUUUUAGGAGUGUACGAGACAUGCCCUUCCCAUUCCCUGGCCAUGGAGUCACUGUCGAUACAUGCUCGCAGCGUUUUGAUCGUCAGACCGGCUGCGAGGGAGCUUGGAGAGACAAGGAGAGAACAGUGGCCGGUCUCAUGAUCGGCGUAGCACUGGGUGUCUUCGUCUGGGUUGUCAUCAUCGUGACUCCGACAUUGCACCCGACGUGGGCGCAUGAGAGUAUGCGUUUGCCUAGUCGAAUCAUCGAAGAAGAGUCCGAUCCAGCAAACAGGGUCAUCGAAUAUCCAUCUCAGCGCUACACUGAUGAUCCUGAAGGAGGCGAUGGAGACGCUCGCCGUGAGAUUGCCGGUCUGAACAACGACUCUAGGCUUGCCUUGCAGGUAGAGUCAUCGAGAGACUCUCCCAGUAAGCUUCUGGCAGACCAAGGGGUGUGGAGAGGAGAUGAGGACUGAAGUUGAUGAUCAAAGUUGGUGGUUGAUUUUAGCAUAAGGGACUGAAGAGACAAUCAAGUAGCUCCAGGUUUUACUUGAUAGUCAACAUUCCGACAACUGAUGGCGAAACGUAGAACAAAGAGACAUCAAUGGAAGGAGUGUGACUUGGAAGCAUGAUGUUACUCUCAUAUUCUUGAUCAUCUUGAGAUACUAUCAUGGUGAUGAACUGGUGUGGUCAAGUAUGGUCAAUAUUCGAGACCAGGGUUGCAUCA